CUCUGGUCCACAGGACGAAGGACUGUAACGCGUGUGUACGCUUAUCAGACGCCUCUUCUCCCGUUUUCCUGGUGGUGGUGGUGAAUCAGGACGGUGUUCUGCUGAAGUCACGUGCUACAUUAGAUCACCACGUGCGACAGAAUCUCCCAAACAGCGAAAAGGGACACUGCUAUAGUGCGACCCUACUUGCCGUUGUCGUGACCAACCGGGUGCCCCUCCUCAAAAUGCUGAACACAGCGACCAUGAAGAUGCCCGAGGACCAGUUCCUGAACGUCCUGUCCUACCUGGUCGUGGACUCGGUGUUCGCGAUGUCAUCCACGUGCCGCCAGCUUCACGAGUGGUGCAGUCUGUUUAAGGCGGUCGACGCCGGCGAGGAGGAACUGCGAAACGCGGACCUGGCGCUGCUAGUCAGGCGCUUCCCGGCCGUGAACGAUCUCACCAUCCGCUCCGCCUCCCGGCUUACGACAGCAUACGAGGUCCUUGCUGAGAUCGGGCCGCAGCUGGUGUCUCUCAAGCUGACCGGGGCGCGCAUCAUCCGGGACGACACGUUCCGCGACAUGGUGCGCACGUUCGAGAGCAUGAGGUACCUCUCGCUCGACGGCACCUUCUACGUCAAGAGCCAGGCCAUCAACGCCCUCGCCAAGGCGGGGCAGCAGCUGCAAGAGGUCUCAUUGUGCGGGUUCCGCCAGCUGAAGGACGAGGACGUACAGUUCCUGCUGGACUCGUGCCCCUCCCUUUCCGUCCUCUCGGUGGCCGACUGCACCACCCUCGGCUCGCUCGUGCUCCGCUCCACGCAGCUCAAGACCCUCGACGUGUCCCGGUGCAUCCACAUCAGCGAGAUGUCUCUUGAGACGCCAGGACUCACCCGGCUAGACGCUAACUGGUGCACCAAGCUCCCGGAUUGCGCGGUGGAAUCGCUGAUGGGGUCGUGUUUGGCACUCGAGCACCUGGGGCUAAAGGGUUGCUCGGCGCUUGUAUCCCCUACCAUUCAGUCGGCUAAGCUCCGGAGCCUGGACUUGUCGCUCUGUGGGAAGCUGACGACAUGCAGCAUAUCGGGCCCCUCGUUGACCACCCUCAAGGUGGCCAUGUGCAUGGGCCUUAACUCUCUCACCCUGGAGCUGCCCGUUAUGAUCUCGCUGGACCUGAGCAUGCUCGGCGUCAAGAACCUGACCCUGAACUGCAACAAGCUCGUCUACGCCAACCUUCGCGGGAGCUACAAGCUGGAGUCCGCGAAUAUCCAAAGCAGGUGUCCGGGACUCAGUGUGGUGGACCUCUGCGGCACGAAGAUCAACCCGGAAGCGUUCGUCCGGUCAGACGGGGAGGGGGAAGGGGACGUUAUCCAGGGCGGGGCGCCGUUACCGUGGCACACGUACUGAGAGGGAGUUUUUCGAGACCUUGAGUGGGCAGAGAACGGGACGGCUGCCUGGCUUGUAAAGUUGCCAUUCUUGAGAUAAAAUAAAGCUGCGGUCCAUGGCCGGGGAACACCACUUCUUUGGCAUCCACGGAAGUGUUUCUUUUGCUGGCGGAGGUCGGAAGAGAUCUUCUCUACAAGGGGUGUAGCCUACCUGUUACGGUGUUCGCGGGAGUAAGCAACGCUGCCUUGUUUUUCGUGCGUGGACAGUAGGAGGUAAGUUAUCGUAGGAAAUAGUGCUACCGCCAUGAACUACGGGCUCGGCGUCGACUACUACCGGAAGGUGGAGGUACUAUUAGAUGUGUUUCUGGGGUCGGUGUGGGGAGCUGGCGAACCAAGCGAGUGGUAAUGCCAGUCGGAUUAAUCAAGAUGACUCUAGACCUGCCGGUCACUUUGUUUCCCGCCUGCCCACGCACAAGAAGCACCACCCUCUGUAGUUCGUUUGUUCUUGGUUGUUUGUUGGUGUCAGACAACAAUGACGAUUGGUCUACCUACAAGCUCUCUUUGCGUGUGUCGCGGUUUUCCAACAUCUCGUACCGAGCCUGAGGAGUAAGCAGCCUGUCCGUAUGUGUGUGCGUGUGUUUUUUUUUUUUUUAAGGAAAAGCGCGAUUGCGUGGAGUGUAGUGCGGUAGUGCGGUUGGCCUAUUAGGUGAGUGAGUUUUGACUUGGUGAAAACAGUCCCCCGUUGCUUC